AUGUUGGCAAGUCGUAUUUUAGCUCUCCAAAGACUCCAAAAGUGCACUAAAUAUCGCACGAAUCCUGUUUUCAAUCGUGCAAUGAGUCAUAGGGAAGGAGGCACACCGGGAGAGAAUCUGCCGUUUCGCAAAUUGAUCGGCAAUCCGGCGAGAUGUACGUGGGUUUUCAUAUUAUGGUUCGGUUCCGGACUUUGGGUUCCCUGCGUUGCUUUUGUUUAUUUAAUGCAUAAAGAUUAA